CAAGGUUUUCUCUCAACAAGCUGAUGACAGAAGAAUUUCUCCAGGUUGAUUGUUUGCCCCACAUGGUCCUCUGGAUUUCUUCAUACAAGUGGAGAGAAGCAGAUCAAAAGCCUGCAAGAAAAAAAACAGGCAGAGGAUUGAAAAAAGCCACCAUAAAGAACCUACUCAGGCUCAGAGUAUUUUCUGAAAAAGUUCUGCAGGGCAGAGGGGUUGAACAGUUGAUCACAUGCAGGAGCACGGGAUAGAUGGAGUACAGCUGACUCAACAACUACAGGGGAUUUCGGUUUUGCAAUGGAACAGGUAUGGUUGCUGCUCCUGCUGACGAUUAAAGUGCUUCCAGUGAUUUCUCAGUUCAAUGGAUACAACUGUGAUGCUAACCUCCAUAGCAGGUUUCCUGCUGAGCGAGAUAUCAAUGUUUUCUGUGGAGUACAGACAAUUACUAUGAAGAUAAAUUUUUGCACAGUUCUUUUUUCUGGCUAUUCUGAGACAGAUCUGGCACUGAAUGGGAAACAUGGGGAUGCCCACUGCAGGGGCUUCAUCAAUAACAACACCUUUCCAGCAGUGGUCAUUUUCAUCAUCAAUCUGAGUACUUUGGAAUCUUGUGGAAACACUUUAGUGGUAUCCUCAUCUCGAGGUAUCAAUGCUUAUGGAAAUACCUCAGUGGUGCAGAUAGGAAAUGUUUCAGGGUACAUUGAUACACCUGACCCACCAACAAUCAUCAGCUACUUGCCUGGGCUUCUGUACAAAUUUAGCUGUAGCUACCCACUGGAGUACUUGGUUAACAAUACCCAGCUCGCUUCGUCAUCAGCUGCUAUUUCUGUAAGAGAAAACAAUGGUACAUUUAUCAGCACUUUGAAUUUGUUGCUUUAUAAUGAUUCAACCUACAGCCAGCAACUCCUUAUUCCAAGUACAGGUUUACCUUUGAAAACCAAAAUAUAUGCAGCUGUAAGAGCAACCAACCUUGAUGGCAGGUGGAAUGUUUUGAUGGACUACUGUUACACCACACCAUCUGGCAAUCCUAGUGAUGAUCUUCGAUAUGAUCUUUUCUUCAGCUGUGACAAGGAUCCGCAGACAACCAUAAUUGAAAACGGCAAGAGUCAAAUGGGCCGGUUUUCCUUUGAGGUGUUUCGCUUUGUGAAGCACAAGAACCAGAAGAUGUCCACGGUCUUCCUUCACUGUGUGACGAAGCUGUGCAGAGCAGAUGACUGUCCCUUUCUUGUGCCAAUCUGCAGUAACAGAGAAAGAAGAGACACUGGUGGAAGGACAACUUGGCGCCCUCAGAGCACAUCUGGCAAUGCUGUAAUCUCUGCUGGCCCCAUCAUUACCAGGAGUGAUGAGACACCAACCAACAACUCAGAGCUUGCUCACCCAAAUGGACCUCCUUUCCAGAUGAACACGGUCACCAGUGCGCUGAUUUCAGGCAUUGUGGUCCUAGGAAUUUCAAGCAUUUUCUUUUUUGUAUGUUCUCUAACCCUUCUGCACAGAAACUGGCCCAACAGCUCAGUCCUGAGUGGCAUCCGGAACCCAGUUUUCAACUGAAAGUGAUGAUUUCUUUGCACUUUGUGUUUGGGGUUGCCUUUCUCAUCUGUGAAAUAUGAUUCCAUUAAAAAGUAAUAUUAAGGCAACACUCCAGUGGUAUCCAGCUUCUGUUCCAGCUAUUCUAUAUUUGUAGGUUUGCUAGAUGAUAUUGUGUAGGUAAGCAGCAGUGAUGUUGGUAACAAGCCUAGAAAAUGUUGAGAAUCUCAAUUGUGUUUGCUAUCAGACUGCAUGACAUUUGCCCAUGAAUGUGCUGACAAUAGAGCUCAAGUCUUCAUCCUCUCAGUAAGGUCUAAAAGCUGAAGAGGCUGCAGAUGAGAACCUUUCCAAACAUGCCACUGUAAUUCAAAGGCUGACAUAUUCAGAAAAAUUCAUAACUUCAUAAACACCUAGUAAAAUAAAGAUCACUUCUCUUUUGUUAUUUCAUUUUUCACAAAAACAAGUGUGUCUCAGGAGGAAUUUGCUUUCAGCUGUCUUGGCUAAAAAUAACCUAAGAAAGCCUUGGAACAAGUAAGUUUUACUUAUUUGUAAUUUGGAAGUAUUUUCUUAAAUAUGUCUUCCAUUGGCUUGUGGAGAUACCAUGUGUCAAGUAUUGCCCAAACUUUCCUCACAGAAAAUUAUUUUUGGAGCACAAUUUGGCAACUGAGUAAAACUCUCACUAAUAUACCAAUUGUUAAGAACAA